AUGCAAGCAAUCUGUCCAGCAUUGGCAUUGCCAGAAGCUUCACGAUCGGUAAUUGAUGCAGACGAAGAAAUCUUUUUGCUUUAUACUUUAUCUGCUCCUCCUGUGGAUCGACAAGGGCUAGGGCAAAUCGAUGGAAGACAUGAUAAAUUAGCCAUCACAAUCAGCCUCAAAGAUGUGCAUUCAGCACCUAUAGUCGCUUCAGCCCUUUCAGACGACACUCUCACUGUGAUUGUAAGGCAAGACUCUACAAGUCUACGAAGUACAAAUGGUGAUACAGGAAGUGUGGUAUGGAGAUCGAGCGUAUACUUUGCAGCAAAGCCGAUCGGUGGUGCUGUAGACCCUUUUUUGUUGUCACCUUCACACCUUAUGCAAGCUCGUGUUCUUGAAUUAGGCUCGGGAACAGGAAUCUUACCGGCUCUAAUACUGUCGCAUGACCUACUUUCAGAUAAUAUCGAUUCUACCCUACACUGGAUCGCUUCCGAUCAAGAUCAGAUCGUACCUCUACUUCGCAAAAAUGUGGAAGGGCUAUCAAAAGGAGGUGUGAUUGCAUCUGCCUCUGCUAUUGAUUGGAUAGAAGCGUCACAAAUCUACAAAAGGGGCUCUUCUUCCUCAAUGCACUCAUAUUUGAAAGGUAUUUUAGACACAUGGUCAACAGAUGAACAAUCGAUUCACUGGCCAGAUAUCAUCUUUGCAACUGAUUGCAUCUUCAAUCCACACUUGUUUGAUGCCUUUUUGGAUACGCUUUGCCUGUUCACACAGCCGAAUAAGACGUUGGUGUAUGUGGUAUGUGAGCUUCGCCAGGCCGAUAUGAUGCAAGACUUUCUACAAGCUUGGCUAGAUCAUUCAGGAAACUGGACCAUUCACACGAUCGAGUCCUCUGACGUACUUGGACCUCAUCUCUCAAAGGGUUCUGUAGUCUGGGUAGCAUGGCGUGAAAAGUAG